AUGGGCGUCGGUGCAAGCUUCGGCGCCCACCGUGGCACACCAAGCCGUCCCAAGUUUUCCAAGCAGUAUUGCCGUAUCAUCAAGCGCUACAUGCCGCAUUUCCAAAACUCAGAGCAGUCCGACAACGACGACCGGCUCGUGGCUUUCGAGCACUGGGAGCGAGUCUUCAAGGAGAACAUUCACACGGAUGCGCACCACGCUGUCGGCUCCGGCACCAAGAUCGGGCUUCUUUACGAGAACUUCUACAAGUACCUCUUUGAGAACUACCCCCACAUGAAGCCUCUUUUCCAGGCCUCGGUCCAGAUUCAGAGCCGCGUGAUCGUGCAUAUCAGCAGCGGCAUGAAGUCUCUCUUGUCGUCGGAAGACCUCGUCCAGAAGGUGAUGAACCUCGCGCUGGUACAUUUCAAGAUCGGAGUGAAGCCGGACGAUUUCGACCCGCUGGGUGACUCGCUGAUCCAGGCCAUGCGAGUUACCUGCGGAGAGGAUUGGAAUGAGACCAUCGAGAAUGCAUGGAAGAGAAUCUACUGCCAUGCUGCCAUCCUCAUCUUGGUCAACAUCCCGGACCUUGACCUCAGUGGAUCAGACGAUGACUAGCACGACAGAUAACAGAGCCCCAUAGUC